AUGGUAUGGAAACAUAACAAUUCAACAUGUGGUCUCAUUCUCACGUAUUUGGAAUUCGGUUAUAGUCUUUUCCUAUGUAUCGCCAUCCUUUUCGUGAACACAACGACAUUUCUAUUUAUACGAAAAAUGACGAAGAGUUCAAGGCAGAGUAAUGUACGCAAGAAGAAUAUUCGUCUUUAUGUACAGGUUUGCAUAACAGGCGGAGUUCUAACGUUGAUCUAUCUUUACAACUUUGUUGUAACGUUGUUUAUGCCUAAGCGAUGGGGUACAUCUACAUCCAUAACAAUCGCAUGGGAAGCGGUACACAGCAUAAAUGGUCUCGUUUUUCUCGCCUUCAAUAGACAGCUGUUUUGCUCUGACCGGAAGCGCUGUCUACGUGUUGAAUACCGAACUAACGCUGUUCAUAUAAUUACUAUAAAUAUUUAA